CAUAAACCUAAUAUGAUUGCGUUUUUCCCUCAGAUUUUCUCCCGACAACCAACUUUUAAAAGCCAGUGAAGUGUACAAUCAUGUCUUCAUCCCGCGACGAUGUCUCAGUGCUCAUUCCCUUCUCCAAAGGAGUCAGAGCAGACAGGACAGAAGCCAUACUUAAAUGCCCAACAGUAAAGGUGUCAGAGGUAAUCAUCAACAAUAUUGAAGAGAAAGAGACCCUCUUGGACUACGUACAACGAGUAAAUAAGCUCGUCGCUGAGCGCAAAAUCAACAUCAUUCUUCCCACGUUUGACCUGGCCACAUUUGUACACGCCGCCAUUGCCAGGGACUUUCCAUAUAUCCCUGGUCCCAGUGUUGAGUCGUGUUACCUGGCUUUCCACAAAGUUUACACCCGGCAAUACCUGGACCCCACUGAAAACCCAACCCCCUACGCUGUAAUUGAUUUGGAUUCACCCAUCAUCAUGGAAGACGCAGAUAGAGCCUUGGAAAAAGUCGGCCUACCUGCGUUCUUGAAACCUUCAGCAGCAUAUGACACGUUCGGCGUGGCCAAGGUGAAAAACUACGAAGACAUGAAAAGUGCCCUGCAGAGCCUUCGGACAAUGCGGGACGAACAUCCUAGUUUGAAGAACUCCCCAAGCGCAGCUUUCUUUAAGGAUUUUUUCAAGCAAUACCUGGAUGUGGAAAAGUACCCGCUCGCUCUUCGGGAUGUUGUGAUCGUGGAGCCCUACGUAGAUGCCGUGGCCUCCUAUACUGUGGAUGGAUGCAUUGUGGACAAACAGAUUGUGCACUGGACAAUCACCGACGAGCUCCGUUUUGACCACCAAGAGGCCAAGUUCAUGAGCGAGAUCUCUCCCUCUUCCGAGCCAGAGGACUUACAGAAGCGGAUCUGGGACGUCUACGAUGGCGUCAUGACCAGGAUGGUGCAGUUUGGGUUCAACAACUGCUUUGCAAACAUCGAUGUCUUCAGGAUGAAGGAUGGACAGCUGAAGCUGUGUGAGGUAAAUGCCAGGGGAUCCAACCAACUCCAAGGCUGCUACAGAGAGAGUUACAAGAACGCUAACCAGGACUACGUGUACCUGACUGCUGGCCGCGGUGUCAAGUACGUCACACCCUCCAAGACAGGAAGGUGGGCCAUCUCCUACCUUGUCAAGUUUGACGAACUGGAAAGGCCCGGCAACCUGAUGGACUUCGACCAGAUCGAAAAGCUAAAGUCGGAUCCUGACGUGAUGUUCAUCCUGACGGCAGGUCCUGACGACGACGUCAUCAACUUAGCCGGCAGUGCCGGAGGUUACUUCUGUUCUACGUUCACCUACGGCGACUCCAGGGAGGCCAUGAUGGGGAAGCUUAUUGAUGUGCUCAAACUAGUGGUUAAGAAGCCAGAACAGCUGACGUAUCCAGUACACUAUGGAAUGUAAGGGCUAGGGUAACCAAACUAGUGGUUAAGAAGCCAGAACGGCUGACGUAUCCAGUACACUAUGGGAUGUAAGGGCUAGGGUAACCAAACUAGUGGUUAAGAAGCCAGAACGGCUGACGUAUCCAGUACACUAUGGGAUCUAAGGGCUAGGGUAACCAAACUAGUGGUUAAGAAGCCAGAACGGCUGACUUAUCCAGAACACUAUGGAAUGUAAGGGCUAGGGUAACCAAACUAGUGGUUAAGAAGCCAGAACGGCUGACGUAUCCAGUACACUAUGGGAUGUAAGGGCUAGGGUAACCAAACUAGUGGUUAAGAAGCCAGAACGGCUGACGUAUCCAGUACACUAUGGAAUGUAGAAGGGCUAGGGUAACCAAACUAUAUAUAUAGUGGUUAAGAUUUUAUUAAGAAGCCAGAACGGCUGACGUAUCCAGUACACUAUGGGAUGUAAGUGCUAGGGUAACCAAACUAGUGGUAAAGAAGCCAGAACGGCUGACGUAUCCAGUACACUAUGGAAUGUAAGGGCUAGGUUAACCGAACUAG